UAUAUGUAUUAUCAGGAAGCUGCUGAAGUGAGUCGAACGUGUCCAAGUGAAUAAAUGGAACAAGAUCAUUCGCGAACGUUGGAAGAAGCGCAUGCUGAGUUCAGUCGGCACAAUUUCGUGAAAGCAGAAGAGCUAUAUACAAAAUUUAUCACAAAUUGUGGACGAACGGGAUGUGACGCAGGUGACCUUGCUGUCGCUUUUAACAAUCGAGGACAGAUUAAAUACUUUAGGGUGGACUUCUAUGAAGCCCUGGACGACUACACAGCUGCGAUAAAGGCAAACAACCUUUUCGAAGUACCGUUCUACAACAGAGGACUCAUUCGCUACAGACUCGGUUUUUUUGAAGAUGCAGAGAAAGACUUUAAGAAGGCCCUGGAGCUGAACUGUAAUUUUGAAGAUGCCAAACUAAGUUUAAAGCAAACCAUACUGGACUGGGAAUACAAGAUUAAAAGAGGAUAUUAGAUUU